AUGAAAUUAAUUAAAAGCAAUAAAUGCGCAAUACAAAUAUGAUACAUUUCGAGAACGUAGUUUUUAUAAAUUUCGCAAUUAUUUCAAGUCAAUGUCUUAGGAAUAAGUAAAUGCGUCAAGAAGACAUGGAUUAAAUAGUGAGAAGCACACUCGUGGAGAUCAUUAUUCAAGUGCAUUCAAGAGUAUCUUUUUUGCAGUACUAGCGGUUUUCUUUAUCUGACAUAAGCGAUUUCAACGGCAAGCCACUUAUGUAUUUAACAAGUGUGUUGAAAUAAAUGAAUAUAUCACUGUAAAAUUCUGGGCCCAGUGUAAUCUUUGCAUGGUGUUUGUUAUAAAAUCUCAAUAAAACAAUCCCGAACAAAUCAUUCGAACAUAAAUUACGUCAGAAGAGAGAAUAAACAAGAUCAUAUGUCGCGGAGUAUAUUGUACUUGAAGGAACAACUAAAUACAGGAUUAAUCGCUGAUAAGCAUUAUGAAUGUUUGUCGAUAGAGCAGAGGAAAGUUGCAAACUUAUGCAAUGGAAUACCGAACGCCAGGUGGCGGGAAGCAUUCGUAUGGGGGUACCGAUACAGGUAAGUACAGGUGAGAGACGGCGGGAACUGGUGAAAGAGCAAGAGAGGGCUUAUCAAAUUGAUGGUAGGAAAGGAGACAGACUGGGUGAGGGGCCGCAGAACAUCGUCCAAGCACCUUCGUUGUUCGAGCAGUACAGUGCUGAACGCCAUAGGUACUUAAUGCACGUAUGUUUCCUCUACUCUAUCGAGAAUAUUAAGGAUCUAUGAUCCUCCGCGAUCACAGCGAUUUAAAAGUGAUUAUUUUACACGAGAAGUGUCAGAAAAACUUACCGCUGCAGCAAUGUUUCGCCAUCGGUAGCCAGACCUCCGGAAGAAUCCACGAACAGAAAUGACGACCGAGCGGUUUCACAAAGCUGCACGCGACGGCUUUUUAGACAUCUUAAAAGAAGCAACAAAAAAAGAUUGUAACGCGCGGGAUGACGGUGGAAUGACCCCCACAUUAUGGGCAGCCUUCGAAGGUCACUUAGAUGCUCUGAGACUGCUCGUCGCCAGAGGGGGGGAUCCCGACAAAACCGAUUAUUUCGGUAACACAGCCCUUCACCUAGCAGCGGCAAGGGGUCACGAAUACUGCGUCAAGUUUCUCGUUAAGUUUGGUUGUAAUAUUUGGUCGUUGGACAUCGAUAGACAUUCUGCUAGAGAUUUAGCCGCUAUAAAUGGAAGAGAAGUGACCCUACAAUUUUUAGAUUACGUCCAAGCCGAUCAGGAGUUAAACAAUCGGAAAAAAUGUCGUAUGCUUCGGGAGAAGGCUGAGAAAGAUGCCGACAAAAGGCUGAAGGAAUACAUGAAGAAGCAAAAAAUGACAGAAAUUAGAAUCGAGAAGGAGAAGAAAUUAUCGAAAGAUCGAACGAAAUUGGACUUGGCCACGGUUAACGAAACCGGCAUUCUACCUCACAAGUGCAGUAUGUUGACCUUCAAGGGUCGGGUGAAGCCUUCACCAACGUUCAGCGAUAUCGUCGGUACCACCACGAAGAAACACGGUACUGCAGGGUGUAGAAAAGCUUUAGCGAAGAAAGCCGUUGACGAUUUCAAAGUAGUAGAGAUUGAAGUUAAUGGAAAGAAAUCGAUACGUAGCCUCACUGGUCUUAGAAGGGAUUCUGAAAUAAUGUACGUAGGAACUUAUGACACGCAAGCUCAGCAAAUAGGAAGGCGAGCGAAAAUCUCUGAUGUUUGGGGCACAUUAAGUAAAGCACAAAGUACUCCCGAUUUGUUAAGCGAUCGAAAUUUCGACGAGGAUUUAGAUCAAGACGACGGAGAAGAUCCAAAUGACAUAAGAGAUAAUGUCUUGCUACAUGAACCAGCGAGUAUCUUCAAUCGACCAGGUUUCGGAUCGGUGGCAUUUCGUAGAUCGAUAACAACUACUUUCGACAACUUACCGAUCGCGCAAGCGGAUACACUCGAACAAAACGGAAAUACCUGCGUAAAUGGUUCUCUAAAUGGAUCUAUAAAUGGCCAUCGAGUUAGCACAAACGGACACAACGAAGAAAUCAGCAUAGGAAGCGCAGGUAGUCUAGCUCGGCGGCAGAGCAUGUGGGACGAUGAUGUACUUUCAGAGGAAGAAACUGACGAGGAGUGGACGCCGUUGCAAAGAUUCUUGGUUGCCAAUAAUUUGUCAUCGGUACAUCCAGUUUUAGAGUCCGAGCAAAUUGAUUUAGAAGCUUUAAUGUUGCUAACUGAAGCUGACAUCGCGGCAUUAAAACUUCCGCUUGGACCCAAACGGAAAUUGAUGAAUGCUAUAGCUAAUCGUAAAAGAGCAUUAGAUACGCCGGAAAAUGUCAUCAAAGAUAGCAAGUUGUGACACCGUCGCAACUGAAAUUAACUUUUCUAUUUUACAUGCAAGCUAUCAUUUGUCCAACGAUUAGGAAACUAUUGAAACCUGUAAUCGCGUUCAAAACUAAUAUUACGUAUUGCCAUAAAACUAUAAAUCUUGAAUUCUGUGUUACGAAGGAUAUUCUAAAGUAAUAUCGACUUCAACGAAGAAACCCUACGUACAUUUUCAUACUAUGAAUGGUGCCUUAAUAUAGAAUAUAUAUUUUAUUAAGCCAGUAAAUGUAAAUGAAAAUGUAAAUGCGAAUUUUAAAUAAUCCAUCCUUGUAGAUCCUGUUAAUAAUAGGAUAAAAGGACUCAACUGUUUCUUAUUAAUCGUCUAGAUAUCACGAAUCUUACGCAAAUUGUACAAAAUCACGUAUAUAAAAAAAGAAAUAAAAUAUGUA